UCCUGCGCAGACGACAUAUGUUUAAGCCUGCUGUUAUGUUUGUUAUUGCUAAUACAUGUUGUUUUGUUUUGCUAUACAGACACACACGUGUUCUUAUUCUAUACAGGAGAGUGUGACUGCAAGAUGUCCAGCAGACGACUGACAGCGUUCCUUAUUUUGGCGGUAAUUACUUCGCUUGCAGGUGCCCUUACAGGACCGAACAUCCCAGUUGGUGAGAAAGAUCCUAGCUUUUGGAAUAAUCUGGCAAAAGAAGUAAUACAGAAACGUAAAAAGCAAAUAGAAAACCACAAGGUAGCCAAAAAUUUGAUUUUGUUCAUCGGGGACGGAAUGGGACCAACAACUGUGACGGCAGCUAGAAUUUUGCGAGGUCAACUCAACAACCGACCUGGCGAGGAAAGCGUUCUGGCUUUUGAAGAAUUCCCGAACGUUGCGUUGUCUAAGACAUAUAAUGUGGACAGACAAACGGCUGACUCGGCAGGGACCGCCACAGCUAUGAUGAGCGGGGUUAAAACCAAUUAUUAUUUGGUUGGGCUCGACGCUCGAGCUACAUCCGGGGAUUGUUUAAGCGCUGAAGGAAAAGAAGUUGAAACGUUAUUAGACUGGGCACA